AUGGGGAAUUGCCAAGCCAUCGAUGCGGCGGCCUUGGUCAUUCAGCAUCCCUCCGGGAGGCUUGAGAGGUUAUAUUGGCCCAUUCCCGUCAGUGAAGUUAUGAGAAUGAAUCCCGGUCAUUACGUUUCUCUCAUCAUUCCCUUGCCUGUUUCCCAAGAGGAGGAAGCCAACCAUCAUCAAGAUCGAGAUACGGUGCGUUUCACCCGUGUUAAGCUCCUCCGCCCCACCGAUACUCUUUCCCUUGGCCACGCUUAUCGCCUUAUCACUUCUCAAGAGGUCAUGAAGUUCAUGAGAGCCAAGAAAUAUGCAAAAACCAAAAGGGAAUCCAUGAAAAAAUUGCAGCACCAUGGACAAGACAACCUAACUUCAGGAGGAAAGUCUGACGCACACAUCACCAACCAAGAACUAAAGAAUGAAAGACAAAUCUCACGGACAUCAUCUGUGAACGCUGCUUCAAUGAGGUCAAAAUCAUGGCGGCCAUCAUUACAGAGCAUCUCUGAGGCUGUAGGCUAAUAGUUUUGUUUUCAAGUUUCUUUUCUUAAGUGCAGAUUGGUUUUGGGAAUGGCAAUGAACUGCCUCUUUUGUUCAAUGAAACCCGAAAUUAGGGAAAAUGGAAAUUCACCAAUCGAAUGAAGGUGAUAACCAAAGAUUUCAACUUGCAAUCAAAGCUCCCAAAUUGAAAUCUGUUUCAAGAAAAAUAAA